AACAAGGUAGUCGGUUGUGUCGACUGUUGUUAACAACAAAUCUAUUGCCUAACAGCUCUAGAUCAGACGCUCCUCGCGGACCCACCGCCCGUCCCAUCUCUUAUUUGAAUAUGCAAAUGUGAUGUCAUCAGAUCUCCGCUUUUUCUUGAAGUUAUGGCGGAGCUGAAGUUUCCAAAGUUUUCCUGACUCAUAAGCUUAUCCCAAUGGAGCACCUCCAAGGAGCCUGGAAGACCAUAAGCAAUGGAUUGGGGAUGAAGGACUCCGUGUUUGAGAGCGCUUGUGUCUCCCCCACGGUGGUGCAGGGCUUUCCGUACCAGCGCCACGCUUCUGAUGACAGCAAAAUCUCUGACGCCAAAACCAGUAGCACCAUCCGAGUGUAUCUCCCCAACCAGCAGCGCACUGUUGUGAACGUGCGUCCGGGAAUGUCCCUGCACAGCUGCCUUAUCAAAGCCCUGAAGGUACGGGGUCUGCAGCCCGAGUGCUGUGCUGUCUACAAGCUCCACGCAGCCCACAGGAGCAAAAAGUCUCGAAUGGACUGGGGCACGGACUCGACGUCUCUGAUCGGAGAGGAACUGCUCGUGGAGGUCCUAGACCAUGUACCCUUGACCACCCACAAUUUUGCCCGGAAAACCUUUCUGAAGUUGGCGUUCUGUGACAUGUGCCAGAAGUUCCUUUUGAGUGGCUUUCGUUGCCAGACAUGUGGCUAUAAAUUCCAUGAGCAUUGCAGCACGAAAGUUCCUACGAUGUGUGUGGACUGGAGUAAUAUCAGGCAACUCCUGUUAUUCCCAACUCCAGGUGAGAGUGGAGCUCCAGCUCUACCUCCUCUUACUUCAAGGAGAAUGAGGGAAUCCCUCACCCGAAUCCCCAGCAGCUCCCUGCACAGACAUUCGACCCCUUACGUCUUCAGCUGUACAACCCCAUACUCGCCAGCAGGGGGGGCUCUCUCUCAGAGGCAGCGCUCCACCUCAACACCCAAUGUGCACAUGGUCAGCACUGCCCUGCCUGUUGAUGGCAGCCUGAUUGAGCUAGAUUUCCUGAAUGCCUCUCCCAGCUCUUGGAGCCACCAGUAUUGUCUGAAGAGAAGAGAUGUAAUACGUCAUGGGCAUGGCUCAGCAGGUAGUUCCCCGAGCCAGAGUCCGACUGGCUGGACCCAGUCUAAAACACCUGCACCAGCUCAGAAAGAGAGGGUGUCGUCCUUCAAUUCUCAGGAGAAAAACAAAAUUAGGCCACGGGAUAAGAGAGACUCGAGCUACUACUGGGAGAUCGAAGCUAGUGAGGUCAUGCUGCAGUCCAGGAUUGGCUCGGGCUCCUUCGGGACUGUCUACAAAGGGAAAUGGCAUGGUGACGUGGCAGUGAAGAUUCUCAAAGUCACGGACCCGACGCCGGAGCAGCUCCAGGCCUUCCGCAACGAAGUGGCAGUCCUGCGCAAAACAAGGCAUGUCAACAUCCUGCUUUUCAUGGGCUACAUGACGAGGGAUAACUUGGCCAUUGUGACGCAGUGGUGUGAGGGCAGUAGCCUGUACAAACACCUCCAUGUGCUGGAGACCAACUUCCAGAUGUUCCAGCUGAUCGACAUCGCCAGGCAGACCGCUCAGGGCAUGGAUUACUUGCAUGCAAAGAACAUCAUCCACCGGGACAUGAAGUCAAACAACAUCUUCCUGCACGAGGGCCUGACGGUGAAGAUUGGAGACUUUGGCUUGGCCACGGUGAAGUCCCGGUGGAGUGGUUCUCAUCAGGUGGAACAGCCGUCAGGAUCUAUAUUAUGGAUGGCACCUGAGGUGAUCCGGAUGCAGGACAACAAUCCGUACAGCUUCCAGUCGGAUGUCUACUCCUAUGGCGUAGUGUUGUAUGAGCUCAUGACGGGGGAGUUGCCGUAUUCACACAUAGCUAACAGAGAUCAGAUUAUCUUUAUGGUUGGCAGGGGUUACCUGUCCCCAGAUCUCAGUAAACUCUAUAAGAGUUGCCCCAAAGCCAUGAAGCGACUGGUAGCCGACUGCAUCAAAAAGUCCAAAGAGGAAAGGCCUCUAUUCCCACAGAUCUUGUCUUCCAUUGAGCUGCUGCAGCAUUCGCUCCCCAAGAUCAACCGCAGUGCCUCGGAGCCUUCCCUGCACCGCGCCGCGCACACCGACGACAUCAACUCCUGCACUUUGACUUCCAUGAAGCUACCUGUCUUCUGACGGGACAGUCCGUGCCAAAAUCCGAUCUGCAGCCAGUAAUCUGGCAGGGUUGCAACGGAGCCCCAGAAUCGAGUGGAGCUGCUUCAGUUUAGCCAGAAGUUUCCAGAAGUUUUGGUUUAGCCAGAAGUUGUUGGAGGUUCUGCUAAAGCUGCCUCUGCGCUCUGACCGGAGUCCCUUAGCAGGAGAGACUGAGCUCUGGCCUGAAAGGGCUGAAGUCCAGAUGGGGGGUUUCAGCAUGUGCAUCCAUGUGCUUGUGUUUCUGGGACCGAUGUCAUCAUUGCUAUAGGCAGAGGUGAUGUCUAUGUCAUACAAAAAAACAAGCUGUUAGAUUACAUCUAGGUAUGUUUUUAAAACUCCCCAAAUGAGUAGAUGCCCAUUUGUGAUGCAAACAGAAACGCUGUAGAAGAGGUCACUGAUACUGCCACGGGUGGCUUGUAGGAAUGUUGUAAUUUAGCUACUGAACAACAUAAACUUCAUGGCUCAGUUCACAGUACAGUAGACAAUAUUUUCUAUAGCUUGCGAUCACAUACUGCUUUGCUAAAGGCCUUUUCAGGAUAGUGAAUAUGGAAGAGGCACUUGUAGUUGUGUUGCAGUUGAAGAAUGUCUUUUGACAUGACUGUGUGGCCCUGAAGGCAGACAGCACAUCCAGGAGCUGCCAGUCAGUUUUGGGUGGCAGAGGGCAGGGGUGGGUGCCUUUGUGAGGAUCACUCCUGCAAAAACAAUUUGCAGUCUUUCUCAGUUGCUGGGCUUUUUUGUGUGUGAAGUUUUAUAACCAUCCAAUCAGUUCCUUACACAUUUAUCAAGCGUUGUUUGGAACGUGUAUGAACAGUUAAUGUUCACAUCCUUAAAAACAUCAGUGUUCAGCUAAAAGUUGAUUACAAAUGUUAGUCUCAGCAUUUUAAAAAUGAUUUUGAUUCUUUAGUGAUUUGUCAUCUGGCUCUUUGAAGGUUUUAUUGCAGACUGCGACUAUAUACUGUUCAUCAGUAAUGGUUAUUUUAAUAAAAUUUAAGUUAAAUACAGAA